AUGGUUUUAUUCUCCAGUGUCAAACUUAUCUUAAUUUCCUUGGUGGCCUUAUACACCUCCUACUUGUAUAUAUACAAGUGUGAGAAUGUCUCCACUUUGGAAGCUAUUUUACACCCAAUUAAUAACCACCACAAGUCUUUGUGUGACUAUGUCUACAAGACUGAAGAAUUUGCCAAACCUCACUUGUCCAACGCCCAAUCGUUCUUGGACAAGAAUGUUCACUCUACUGAGUUCUUCCAGAAGUACCAGAUCCACGAACACUUUGUUUCAUACUCUACCAAGGCUUAUGAGUUUGUUCAUCCUUUCUUGAUCGAAAUUUACAAGCUUGUGGAGAUUGUUGAGGUCUACGUCUAUGACUACUCGGUUUUGGCUUGGACUAAGGCUGUCUAUUUCUACAAUACCACGGUGGUGCCAAAGAUCAAGGAACUUACCUCCAAGUGA